UUGUAUAACCAUGUAUAUAUACACUCCAUUACAGAAACAGUUCUUAUAAGACUUCCAAAAUCCAAUAGUGUUAUUUAGUCUGUAUAUAUCAAUGAGGCUUCAUUUAUCUGCCAAGUUUAGGCAAGUUCUUGGUCAGGCCAAGGAUCAAGCAUCUAUUGGCAGAGCUAUUGUACAAAAGUACAAUGAGAAAGCUUUUUUUGACAUUGAAGUUGCAGUGGUUCGAGCUACAAGCCAUGAUGAUUGUCCUGUGGAUGACAAAACCAUGCACGAGAUACUCUUCCUUGUCUCUAACACACCGGGGGCAGUUCCUUUUCUUUCUGAACAGAUCUCACGCCGUCUAGCUAAGACAAGAGAUUACUUGGUCGCCGGUAAAACUCUUUUACUCAUCCACCGUCUCUUGCGUAGUAGCAGCCGCUGCAUCGAGCAGCAGUUGCAUAUCGCAUACACCUCUGGCCAUCUCCAAAUAGGUUGCUGCUGGUUUAUGAUGAGCCAGGAUUAUCCAUCCUUUUCUUUUCUGCAGAACUAUGUAGCUUAUCUCGAAGAAAGAGUUGGAUGGAUCAUCAACCAAGCUGGCAAGCUCGAACCUGUAAUGUCUGGCGGUACAAAGUGUAGUCGUUACAAAGAGAAAUCCAUGGAUCUUGUGUUCCAUAUCUUACCAAAGUGCCAGGAAUUCAUUGCAAAGGUGUUGAAGUGUUCACCGGUUGAUGCAUGGCCUAUGGAUAACCUGGUCCAAGCAGCUACAGGCAGCAUCUUGAAAGAGAGUUUCCAAGUCUACAUGACGUACUCUGAUGGCGUAGGCGCACUGAUUAACAUGCUAUUUGAUCUUUCAAGACCCGCAAGAGAGUUAGCUUCCGGGAUGUUGAGAAAGGCUUCUCAACAAAUUGAAGAUCUCCGUGUCCUGUAUGAAAUGUGUAGAGGAUUCACCGGAAUGAAGAGCUUGGAUUACCCAACUGUGCAAGCUAUUACCAUGGAUCAUAUAGUAGCACUAGAGGAAUGUUCAAGCUAUAAUACUGAUGCAGGUAGUGUGUUGAAGAGCAGUGGCGGUGAAAGAGUUUUCUCUGUCUCCACCAACUUAAGAGAUUCAGUCACUUGCAAUGAAAAAAUUGCAUCUACCAGUCUUUUCUUGUUACCAGUGGAGACCAAAAUAAGCAUGGUCUGGGUUGUUUUUGACAAUGAAGAAUCCGACAAGCCAACAUAGAGCAUAUGAGUGUUGAUUAUUCAUCUCCAGAA